GGUUUUGGAACGGAUGUUGGAAGAUGUUAGCUGUGGAUACUGGUGUUGUGGAGGAGUGGUUAUCGGAGUUCAAGACACUGCCAGAAGCAUCCAUAUCCAGCUAUGCUACAAACUUGAAAGACAAGAGUACUUUGAUUUCAUCUCUUUACAAAGUGAUUCAGGAGCCACAGAGUGAACUUCUGGAGCCAGUUUGCCAUCAGCUCUUUGAGUUCUAUCGCAGUGGUGAGGAACAGUUGCUACGAUUUACGCUGCAGUUCCUACCAGAAUUGAUGUGGUGCUAUCUUGCUGUCUCAGCCAGCAGAGAUUUGCAGAGCAGUGGAUGCAUAGAGGCUCUUCUCCUAGGAGUUUAUAACUUGGAGAUAGUUGACAAAGAGGGACAUAGCAAAGUGCUGAGUUUCACAAUUCCGUCUUUGUCCAAACCUUCAGUCUAUCAUGAACCUUCCAGCAUUGGCUCCAUGGCUCUUACUGAAGGAGCUUUAUCGCAGCAUGGUUUGUCCAGGGUUGUGUACAGCGGACCUCAUCCUCAGAGGGAGAUGUUAACAGCACAGAACAGGUUUGAAGUGCUGACUUUCCUCCUGCUCUGUUACAAUGCUGCCUUAAGCUACAUGCCUGCAGUUUCUCUUCAGUCGUUGUGUCAGAUUUGUUCAAGGAUUUGUGUCUGUGGAUAUCCACGCCAACAAGUGAGAAAGUACAAGGGAGUCAACAGUAGGAUUCCGGUUUCAUCCGAAUUCAUGGUGCAAAUGCUAACAGGGAUUUAUUAUGCCUUUUAUAAUGGAGAAUGGGAUCUAGCUCGUAAAGCUAUGGAUGACGUUUUAUAUAGAGCACAGCUGGAACUGUAUCCAGAACCUCUGCUGGUUGCUAAUGCAAUAAAAGCUUCACUGCCUCAGGGUGCCAUGAAAUCUAGUAAAGAAGGACCAAGAUGCAUUCAGGUUGAAAUUACACCUACUUCAUCCAGAAUAUCAAGAAAUGCUGUGACUAGCAUGUCUAUCCGAGGGCACAGAUGGAAAAGGCAUGGUAAUACUGAUGUAGCAAUUCAGGAAGAACUGAUGGAAGUAUCUGAAACUGAUGAAGGGUUUUACUCUAGGGCUGCUUCUAGUACAAGUCAGUCUGCCCUAUCUAACAGCAGCAACACGAGCAGCAAGAACCUCUUAGGGAAGAGCCAGCGAAGGUCUGGUGGAAGCAAAGCUGGAGGAAAAGAAAAAGAAGGAGAAACCUGCAGAGAACACUUGUCACGGAAACAAACUCAGAGAGCCCUGAGUGAGAAUCUAGAGCUUGUCUCUCUGAAGAGACUGACGCUGACAACUAGCCAGUCCCUGCCUAAGCCUGGCAGCCAUAGUCUGGCCAGAACGACCACUACUGUGUUUAGUAAAUCCUUUGAGCAGGUCAGUGGUGUCACAGUUCCAAAUAGUCGCGGUGGUGCGUCUGGUACAGAGGCAAACAGGUUUUCAGCUUGCAGUCUUCAGGAGGAAAAACUGAUAUAUGGCACAGAAAGAACAGAUCUUCCAUCAGCGACCUCCUAGUAUUAGCAUAACUUUGUCAACAGAUUGAUAUAAUUAAAUUGGCAAGUAUGAAAAAUAAAAUAAUGAGGAUUUAUGCUGAUUCUGGAACAUUGGUACAUUAAGCUC